GCAUGAGUACGAACACGUAAGCUUCAGCUCUGCAUUUUUUCUUCGUAGCUGCAUUAGCCAGGUAGCUAGCCAACUGGACUACCCAGCUCUUUGGGACUGGUAGGAAAGGCACAGCGGUGGCGGAGAAAGGGGACCUCAGUACCGCUACGAAAUGGCCGGGCAACAGUUCCAGUACGACGACAGUGGCAACACGUUCUUCUACUUCUUAACGUCUUUUGUUGGACUUAUUGUCAUCCCAGCCACAUACUACCUCUGGCCCCGGGACCAAAAUGCGGAACAACUACGGUUGAAGUCUAUGAGGCGGGUCCAUGGGCGCUGUCUGUGGUACCGUCUGCGGGUGAUGAAGUCACAGCAGAGCAUCGUCCCCACACUCAAAAAAGUGGUGUUGCUGCUCGGCUGGGCAGUGUUUCUGCUGCUGGCCUACAAAGUGUCUAGUUUGGAGCGGGAGUACCAGGAGUAUAACCCGUAUGAGAUCCUCAACCUGGAUCCUAGUGCAACUCCUGCUGAGAUCAAGAAGCAGUACAGGGUCUUGUCUCUAAAACACCAUCCAGACAAAGGUGGAGAUGAGGCCACCUUCAUGAAGAUCUCCAAAGCCUACGCUGCCUUAACAAAUCCCACGGCGAAAUACAAUUGGGACACGUAUGGCAACCCUGAUGGUCCAAGAGCGUUAACGUUUGGUAUCGCGCUGCCCUCCUGGUUAGUGGACCAGAACAACUCCAUGCUGGUGUUGCUAGUAUAUGGACUAGCAUUCAUGGUGAUUCUGCCCGUUGUUGUGGGCACCUGGUGGUAUCGCUCCAUCCGCUACAGUGGAGAUCAGAUUCUCAUCAACACUACACAGCUCUUCAUGCACUUCAUGUACAAGACGCCCAAUAUGAACAUGAAAAGAUUAGAGAUGGUCCUCACGGCUGCCUUUGAGUUCGACCCUCGCAGCAACAAGGAAGCCGUCAGCAGACCGAAUGACAACAUCGAAGUCCCUCAGCUGAUUCGUGAGCUGGGCAGCGUGAUCAAUGUGAAGAAAAAGGAGCCGCCGUUCUGCUACCCGUACAGCCUGAAAGCCCGCGUGCUCAUGCUCGCACACCUCGCGCGCAUAGAGGUGUCCGAAGACAGCGAGGAAGACCAGCGGUUUGUGGUGAGGAAGUGUCCGGCGCUGCUGCAGGAGAUGAUCAACGUCGGCUGCCAGCUCACCAUGAUGGCCAACAGCAGAGGAGGUGUGCAUGCCCCACGGCUGGUGUCCAUAGAGAACUGUAUGAAGCUGUCCCAGAUGGUGGUGCAGGGCCUUCAGGAGGCCAAGUCCCCCCUGCUGCAGCUGCCGCACUUCGAGGAGGAACACCUGCGCUACUGCAUCUCCAAAAAGUAUAAGGUGCGCAGCUUGCAGGACCUGGUGAGCAUGAAGGACUCAGAACGGCGGAGCAUGCUGCGCUUUCUAGGGGAGGAGAAGUAUGACGAGGUCAUGGCAGUAAUCGCCAACUUCCCCCACAUCAUCAUGGACACCAAACUACAAGUCCUGGAUGAUGAAGACAGCAAUAACAUCACAGCAGGGUCCAUCGUCACAGUGACCGUCACCCUCACCAGGAAAAAGAUGGCGGAGAUGUUUGAGAAGGAGCAGGCCUCUCAGCAGUUGGCAUCAGAGGAUGCAUCUCAGGAGGACGCAGGCGACUCCAACAAGAACAAAAGUGUGAAAGUGUGGCAGAACAAGAACAAGAGCACAAAGAAGGCUGCGAAGUCCAAAAAGAAGAAACCCCUCCCCAAGAAAAAGCCAGCCGCCCAACAGCAAGCUAAGGGCGACAAGCCCCGACAAGCCAAUGGCAACGUAGCAGGAAAUGAGGUGGUAGCGGCGGCGGCGAAGGAGGAGGAGGAGGCGGCCUCGGAUAAGGGCAGCGAAUCGGACGAGGGCGAGGCCAACAAGGACACGGCCAGCGAGCGGGACGACGAGAGCGACAAGCAGAGCGACACCGAGGCGGACGAGAUCACUGGCGACGACGAAGAGGAGUGGGAGGCCCUGCAGCAGAGCAUCCAGCGGCGGGAGCGGGCCCUGCUGGAGACCAAGUCCAAGGUGACGCACCCCGUCUACAGCCUCUCCUUCCCCGAGGAGAAGCAGGAGUGGUGGUGGCUCUACAUCGCCGACCGCCGCGACCAGACCCUCGUCUCCAUGCCCUACCACGUCUGCACGCUCCAAGACACCGAGGAGGUGGAGCUGAAGUUUCCAGCGCCCUCUAAGACGGGAAACUACCAGUACUCUGUCAUCCUCAGAUCGGACUCCUUCAUGGGCCUGGACCAGAUCAAACCACUCAAGCUGGAGGUGCACGAGGCGAAGGCCAUGCCCGAUAACCAUCCGCAGUGGGACAUCCCCGACACAGAGGAGGAAGAGGAGCCGGAUGACAGUGAUGGCAUUGAGGAGAGCGAGGAAGAGGAGGAGGACAACGACUAAAAACACACACACGAGGAGAAGGACGAGAAGGACAACAACUAAACACACACACAAACACAUGCACACACUUGAGCGAAGACGAGGACAACAACUAGACACGCGUAUACACACACAGUUGUGCGCUUGUGUAAAAAUACGCUGACGUACACACACACACACACUCAAGAGGAAGAGAACUAAUCCUGCCAUCGCAUACAUACAUACACACACACACACAAACAGUAUGUUCGAGAUACAGACUGCUUUUGUAUAUUCACACAUGGACUAAAAAUGAUUUCAAGCCCGCCACACAUAUACGCACUCUCUCUCUCACACACACACACACGCGCGCACACACACACACACAGUGGAUACUCAGUACCUCUAGACAUGAGGCCAUCCAUCGAUUUCUUCAAUAUCCCCACCUCACCAUCUCCCCCACUUACCACUGUGGAAACUCACUCAAACACACACACACACACACACACAUGCAUUACGUCUCCAGAUGAACAUGAAACCCUUCCCAAGAAACUGGACUUGCUGUAAUACACGCACACAAAAAAAGAAGUCCCCCCUCCACACACACACACACACACACACACACACACACACACACAGACAGAGAUAGAUGUGUGUCUAAUAAACGCUGCCUAGCUACUUGGUUGCCUAGCUACUCAGUGCAUCGUGUCCCCUGACUCACAGGCCUUCCCUCACCUUCAUUCUCACUCAUUAUCACCCCCUAACUGUGUGAAGGGAGUCUGUGUGCGUCUGUGUGUGUGUGUGUGUGUGUGUCUGUGUGUUGGGUCUUCUUCUAGAUUGGGCUGUGUUUGUGUGAUUUUUAAGGGGUUUGUGUUGUGCUUUCUGGACUUGUGUGUGUAUGUGUGUGUGCGUGCGUGCGUGCGUGCGUGCGUGCGUGCGUGAGUGAGUGAGUGAGUGAGUGAGUGAGUGAGUGAGUGAGUGAGAGAGAGAGCGCUUGUGAGUAUGUGAGUCAAUGACUUUUUUUUUUAAGCAGACAUGAGGUGGUACUGCCCAUCAAUGAAUCAAUAAUUGGUCAUUAAUGCAUAACCAAUGAUAAGGCUUCUUAAAAAAAGCAAGGAGUAGGUGCAAGCCCACACACAUCCAAAUGUCUGUUCCCUGGAGCAACCUUAAUGACAAGAUACCAAGAAAAAAAAAAGUCGGCUUCAACCCUUGAAGGGUUUUCACCUGAAACGUCACGGUAACCUUUUUUUUUUAAGUUGGUGCCGAACAAUCCUGGAUGAAGCUGGGGGGGGGUUUUGUUGGGUUUUUUUUUUAUCGGUGUCGUCCCAACAACCACACGUUGGCCUGUGUGAUUGUGAGACGCCAGUGAAAUGCUACCCUUUGGCUACAGAACAGCUACAGCAGAUAUUAUUACAUCAGAUUAUUUCCGGUUUUGGUCUUCUGUGUCAUUUUUUGUCAGAUAAUCCCAGUCUUAAUUCCAGUGUUUUUGAAAGCACGCCAAUCAGGGCGGUGGCGUAUGUAUGUUUGCGUGCUUGCGUGCGGUGGCAUUUGCGGUGGUUUGCAUUGCAGAGUCGUUCCAUUUCCUUGUGUCUGUGUUUGUGUCUAUGAGACAGAGAGCGUGCAUUUGUGCUUUAGAAAGUGCUGAGGUAAGGCUUGAGGAGGGAUAUAUUGUCUUUCAGUCGUGUGUGUGUGUGUGUGCGCACGAGCGUGCCUGCGUGUGUUAGUGUGUUUGCAUACAUCGGCAAGCGUGUGUGUGUGUGUGUGUGUGUGUGUGUGUGUGUGUGUGUGUGUGUGUGUGUUUGUUUGUACAUGUGUGCUAGUGAGUGUGCGUGCUUACAGCUCUAGGGGUGUGUGUGUGCACGUUUUUGUGGAUAAUGACCACCUAAUGGUCGCUUUGUUUUAUGGUGGUGGUCAUUCAGUGUAGAUGCCUUCUCAUAAAAGAGUCCCUGAAGGGGAGUGUGUGUGUGUGUGUGCGAGCAUGUGUGUGAGAGGGAGGAAGUGCUUCUGUGUCUGUUAUGAGUGCGGUUGCUUUACGAAAGAAUCUCCAUACUGUUCAAAGCACAUCUCAACUCAGUGAGUGCCUGUGCACAGACGGUGUGGCGACUGGGUGUGUGUGUGUGUGUGUGUGUGUGACACCAUCUUCAUCCCCUUUCUCCUGUUUUGCAGUUGGAUAGUUGGGCCUAGCAGAGCUGUUAUUUUUGCUACUAGAUCUGGACCCCAUUUCUCGAAAGUAUCAUUGCUAACCAGUUCGCAACUCACUAGGUUUCCAAUGGGAAAUUGCAUUGCAACCAAGUAAGUUGCUAACUUACUUUGCAGCUCGAGGAUUAACACACCCCUGGUCUGGAUAUCAGCGCUGCAGCAACAGUGGCGGUUGACCGGUAAUGCGUUUCCGUUAAUGAGUAUCUGUGGAUCAUUUCGUCCUGAGAGAAAGUGAAGCAGUGGAGAGAAUAACAUUAGGUGAAUGUAGAAUCAAAAUGCAGACGGGGGCUGUCGAAUUUUCCUGUUUUCUCCAUCCUCUUUUCUCUCCUUUAAUGUGUUCCUCCUUUCUUCUUUUUGCCCCCCCCCCCCCUUGUCCUCUUUGUUUCCUAUUCUGCUUUCUUCUUCGUGAUUCAUCUUUAGUGUUUGUCAUGUGUUUUUUUUCUUCUUCUUCUUCUUCUUCUUCUUUCCUUCUUGUUCACAUUCCAUUUCUCCAUCCUCCCUGAGCUGUUGCCUUAUUCAUGCACUUGUGUUUGUGCUAUGUGUGCACAGUAGUCGUCAAGCACAAGCAGAAUUUGGGAUUUAAUUUUUCCUUUGUCUUUUUCACUCAUCUCUUAGAAUCAGGUGUGUGCGCGCGUGUGUUUGUGAGUGUGUGUGCGCGUGGUAGUGAGACGUGGUUUUUUUGGCUGCAGCUCCAUUGGAAGAGGGUGCACAAAGUGCACUUCUGAGCUAAAGUGCCAGAAAUGCGUUUUUCCCCAAGAAAUGUGUGUAUGUGCGUGCGUGCGUGCGUGCGUGGUAGAGAAUGUUAACGUGUUUGUUUACUAUGUGUGAGCAUCUUUCCCCGGAUGCUUUGUCACGGCCCCGUCCUCCAUAUCUGUGUCCUCCUGUCCUGGGGCCUCAUGUACAAAAGACUUUCCUACUGAAUCUUUGCGUACCGGUAAUUGAAAAUCUAAAAAGAUACAUUUGCACUUCACAUUUCAAAUGUAUCUAGUCCAUGCAGAAAACAGGUUUUCAUAUACUGAUUCAUGUGGUAUGUCCGAUUUCACAUGAAAUUUAGCACACUUUUGCACUUUCAUGGUAAGUCGGUAUUAGUACAUAUGAAAAUGUGCGCGAAAAGUUACUUAUGGCGCUUUUUUUCUGCGUAAACCUGUUUUGUUCAUGAGGCCCCUGCUCAGCCGUAAAUGUCCCACAGAGGAUGAGGAAGCGAUGCCCUGUACAGAGCCAGUAGGAAGAUGCGUGCCUCUCUCCUUUUUUGGAUCGUGAUGGACUCAAUAUUUCGGGGAGGGUGUUGUCCUCCAUUUACUCACCUUCAGUCCAAUUAAGCCAUCAAAUCAUCUAAGGGAGAUUUCCUUCAAAUUAUGGACAAUAUGGUCGUUUUCAUCCCGAAUAAUCCACCUGUGUGGGUUUAUAAUAUAUGUAUAAUUGCAAGGGCUGAAGCUUACUUUUACUUCAGUCAUAAAAACACACAGGGACACACGUAAGAUACACAUACUGUUGAGUUUCAACACCGUGCCUGACACAGUGGUCUGGCUCGCAUGCUCGUGAGGACGUAAAGUCCUCAAUUUAAACCACCAUUUUAUCCAAGAACAUUUUUUUUGUUUGUGUUGGUGAUUUUUUUUUUAUUAAACCACUCUCAAACCGUUCUGGGGAAAACAAAAGUCCAAGAUUCCCUUGCUGAAUCUCUGGGGCGUAUGUAUGUAUUUUAUAGAUCUUUAUGGAGGAAAUAACUACAAAAUUUGGUAGAUAAAAAGAAAAAUGUUAAGGUAGGUUUUUUUGUUUUGUUUAGCAUUUUUCUUUUCAUUUUUAGUGUAACGCUUUCUGUAAAGGAGCCAGGGGUUCUAAUCCGGCCACACGCUCGCACACACACACACACACACUGUAUACACACACACACACACCUAAACCUACACACAGUCUAAGCUUAAUGAGGCUUCUUUUUUCUGGGAAAGAAUGUUUUACUGAUUCCUCAAAUAAUGUAGCAUCUGCUUUUAGACAAUACAAUUACAAGCUACACCACCACCCCCAGUACACCAAUGGAAAAAAAAACACUUGUGCAACUUAAACACACAUGCACGCGCGCGCGCGCACACACACACACACACACGCUCUCUCUUGAAAAGACUCACCCACUCGCUGAGGCCGGAGAGGAAUCCAGUUACCCAGUAAUACAGUGUCUGCCAUUUUUGUUUACAACAAAAAAAACUGUUAUUGUAAAUGAAAAUAAAUAUAUUAUUUGUAUUUAAAUCAUUUCAAAUAAAAACUGUUAAAAUGUG